CCUCAGCGGCAGCAAGAUGGCGGCGCAACAGCGGGGCCGUGAGGGUGGUGUGCAGCUGGCAGGGCCCGCGGCGGAGGCCGACCCGCUAGGUCGCUUCACGUGUCCCGUGUGCUUAGAGGUGUACGAGAAGCCGGUGCGGGUGCCUUGCGGACACAUCUUUUGCUCUGCAUGCCUGCAGGAAUGUCUGAAGCCGAAGAAACCUGUCUGUGGGGUGUGUCGCAGCCCUCUGGCACCUGGCGUCCGAGCCGUGGAGCUCGAGCGGCAGAUCGAGAGCACAGAGACUUCUUGCCAUGGCUGCCAUAAGAAUUUCUUCCUGUCCAAGAUCCGGGCCCAUGUGGCUACCUGUUCCAAAUACCAGAAUUACAUCAUGGAAGGUGUGAAGGCCACCACUAAGGAUGCGUCCCUUCAGCCAAGGAAUGUCCCAAACCGUUAUACCUUUCCUUGUCCUUACUGUCCUGAGAAGAACUUUGACCAGGAAGGACUUGUGGAACACUGCAAAUUAUCCCAUAGCAUGGAUACCAAACCUGUGGUUUGUCCAAUAUGUGCCUCAAUGCCCUGGGGAGACCCCAGCUACCGCAGCGCCAACUUUAUAGAGCACAUCCAGCGCCGGCACCAGUUUUCUUAUGACACUUUUGUGGAUUAUGAUGUCGAUGAAGAGGACAUGAUGAAUCAGGUGUUGCAGCGCUCCAUCAUUGAUCAGUGAGCAGAGUCUGUGCCAUCCAUCUCAUUUUCCAGAGCUUCCAGUAUGUGUUAAACGUGAAACCUUUGACUCCUACACCUUAACUGUACAACAGACCUGGAAAUGAGCCAUGGCUUUGGGACAGGGUCACUUCUGACAGGGGAAACGGAAACAGGUCCCUAGGUCAGAGCUCUCCUUUCCUUUUGGUUCUUGCCAAAGCUGUCUUCCUAUACUGUUAACCUUGUUUGUUACAUGGUCUAGUCUUUAUUGGCCCCAGCUUCUUCCUGGAGCUUCUGCCUCCUCUUCUGGAAGAGAACUCAGCUUCUCCACCUCCACCUGUUCUUGUUUCACACUCGUUCCUCCCAUUCAGUGUUCAUCUCUCAGGUCCUCUGAGCCAGUCAGGACCUUUUCUGGGUCAUGAAUAGCACAAUCAAACAAGCAUCUCCUUUCCUUGUCCUUGAGGUAUGUGAACUCUGGCAGCAGUGCAUCUGACCAGUGCUGAAGCUCCUGCGGUGCUGCAGCGCUGCUUGUCAGUGGUUCAUUGGCAGCAGCUGCCAGAAGCUGGAGUUGCCAUCCCAGGAAACAUUUCAAAAGUCCUCUUGGGUGAAUGUUCUGGGUUUAGCAUGAUUUGAUGCCGUAAGUUUAGAUUAGUGAUAUUUUCCUUUUACUCCUGCACACCCUUAGAGUUAACUGGUUCAGUCUUAAAUGCCUGCAUGGUGCCUUUUUAGAAUAAGGUAUAACCAUCUAUUUUUAGUGGAAAUAUUUCUAGGUUAGGAAAGUUAAAAUCCAUUUAUCCACAGGUGGGGAGGAGGGUCAGCCAAGAGAGGUAGGAGGGCCAUAGAUUUUUGGUUAUGAGUUUCAGAUGAGUGGGUCAUGUUUACCUCUGUUUGGAAGCCUGCUUACAUUUUUGUCCUGGAAGCACGAAAAAGAGUCUCAAAUAAGAAGGAAGGGUUUGGAUGCUGCAAUGGAUACUAGUACUUUUAUCUUCUAGAUGGUAACUUAGAUUAAACUGAACAUUGUUUUUAUGUCCCACAUGGUUUCCUUAUGACACUGGUUUCAACAUGUAAGUCUGUGUUUGAAAACCUGCAUUCUAAAAUGCAGAGUAAGGAAGGCUAUAGGAAAUCCAGGAUCACACCCUGUUGUCUCUUCUGACAAGACACACUGUUCAUAAGGCACAGUAGAUCUGAUGAGUAGUAGUUAAUAAAAGCUGUCUACUGGAGACUUGCUUUAGCUCAAGAAGCUUGAAGUUCAACAUUUCACAAAGGUUAAUAAAUAUAAGGCUAAGAGCUGUCAGCCUGAUCUGUAGGAGCAAAACUUCUGAUUGACCAAAAGGUAUAUGGAUUUAGGUUUGCCCUUUCAUGUUACACAUCCUUAGUCUGAAUAUGGAAAUUGUUUUCUGGUCAGUGGCUGAGGUUGCAAGUGACACUGGGCUUUCUGCCUUUAUGUUGCUGCUGUGGGCCUCUCUUUGCCUGCCAGUAAAGAGCUGCAGAUACCUAGUAACCAGUGAAGAUGGGCCCAUUUGGGGCAAAAUAAUUUUUCCUAAUGUGCUAUUACUUGGGAGGACCCAAAUGUUAAGGUCAGCUGCUUCACUGUAAUUUCUGGAAGAAGUUCACUCCACCCUCCCUGAAUUGAGGUCAUCUCAGUAGAAGUUUGGAGGGAAGUUUGACAAAACCUUUUGAGGGGACUGAUGAGAGCAUGUCCAUUUCACUGGUGGUACCAAGAAACUUCUUUCCUUGUAUUAAGUGCACUUCAUGUAUUUCUAAUAAUAUGACUUUCCAGAAAGUGAAAUUUGUUAUGUUCUGGCUUUUAAAAGGUGAAAUAUAAAUAAAUUUCAUAAUUUAUCCAA